AACUAGUCCAUCCAAAGAAGACGAAGGAGUAAAAAGCAAAAUGGCGUUUGACAGAGAAGGCCUAAACGUGGCCACUGGCCAUUAUUGUUUCUCUAUUUGUAUUUAGUGCAUACAUGUACGCAUAUAUGUCGUGUAGUAGAUGAAACAUUGUUAGUCAUUGUUUGUAUCCGGAUACAUUAGUCUGAGCGCACUUGUUCGUGUCUUGUUAGCUUAGCUUGCUAGUUAGCUUAGCUUGUUAGCUGCUAACAAAGAGACGGACGUUAUCAACACAUCGCUAAGUAGAGAUCAAAUGUGAGUGUAAAGUGUUGUGAUUGUGUGAAAAUGUGCGAAAGAACGAUAGCAAAGUAUGAGGAGGAACUUUGUCCAACAAAAGAGGAGAAGGAGCGACGACAUCAACUACAGGACGCUGUUUUCAAGAAACAUCAAGUUGUGUUACACAGAACAGACAUCCAGCAGGCCCCCCAUCUUAAAGAGGAAGAGGAGGAUCCACAGCCCCCCCACAUGAAAGAGGAAGAGGAGUGUUUGAUCACUCAGGAGGGAGAGUGUCUUCUAGGGCAGGAGGAGGAUGAUGUCACCAAGUUUCCACUGACUGUUGUCUCUGUGAAGACUGAAGAGCAUGAAGACAAACCACCUGAGUCCUCACAGCUUCAUCACAGUCCAAAUGUCUGUGAAGAACAGCUUCUGCCUGAAAAACAGGAGUGUAGCUUCAGGAUGGUGAAGGAGGAUCCAUCAAAGAGGAAGACCAGGCGCCACGGACCCUCUAGCGUCGACUUUUCCUCUUUAACACAGACCCUUCCCUGUAAAAAGGAAGAGGAAAACUCACUGACCCUCCACAUUAAAGAGGAAGAGGAGGAACACUGCAUCAGUCAGCCUAAAUGGUUGGAGGAGUUCCCAGUGACUGGUGUCCCUGUGAAGAGUGAAGAGGUAAAAGGUGAAAGUGAGGAGAAGAGAGAGGCGGAGCCUCCAAGCAGCAGCUCAACACAACACAUGACAACAGAAGCUGAUGGAGACCACUGUGGAGGAUCACAAGCAGACAAGCUCUUAGCUCCACUAUCAGAUAGUGAGGACACAACGUCACACUCUCCUGACACUGAUGAUGAAGACUCUAAAGAUGAUAAGACAUGUCACACUGACAACACUCACUUCAAAUGUUCUCACUGUGACAAAACCUUCAAAUACCAUUGGUAUCUUAAAAGACACAUGAGAACACACACUGGAGAAAAACCUUUUAUCUGUUCAAUAUGUGGUAAAGGUUUUGUAGAAAGUCGCAAUUUGAAAGUACACAUGAGAAGACACACUGGUGAAAAACCUUUUUCUUGUUCAAUAUGUGGUCAAGGUUUUGCACAAAGUUUAUGUUUAAAAAAACACAGAACAAGACACACUGGAGAAAAAUCUUUUAUAUGUUCAAUCUGUAGUAAAGGUUUUGUAGAAAGUCACAAAUUGAAAGUGCACAUGAGAACACACACUGGUGAAAACCCUUUUUCCUGUUCAAUCUGUGGUAAAGCUUUUGUACAAUGUAACCAUUUGAAAAGACACAUGAAAACACACACUGGUGAAAAACCUUUUACUUGUUCAAUCUGUGGUAAAGGUUUUGCAGAAAGUCACAAAUUGAAAGUGCACAUGAGAACACACACUGGUGAAAAAACGUUUUCCUGUUCAAUCUGUAGUAAAGGUUUUUUAGAAAGUUGCAGUUUGAAUGUACACAUGAGAACACACACUGGUGAAAAACCUUUUUCCUGUUCAAUCUGUGGUAAAGCUUUUGUACAAUGUAACCAUUUGAAAAGACACAUAAGAACACACACUGGUGAAAAACCAUUUUCUUGUUUAAUCUGUGGUAAAGGUUUUACACAAAAUCAGUGUUUGAAAAGACACAAGAGAACACACAGUGGUGAAAAAUCACAUUAGUGUUCAAUCUGCAACAGAAGCUUUUGUGACCGACCAAACUUUGUAAAACACAUGAGGACACACCCUGGAGAUAAAGUGUUGAGUUGCAGUGUGUGUGGUGAAAGAUUCUCUUCUAAGUACCAGUGUAAGAAACACAAGUGUGCUGGUGAGAACAGCAGCAGCAAAUGAAACUGCAGGAUUUGAAAUAAAUUUAAUUUUGAAUUUCUAACAUCAGCACAUAU